CGCGAUUCCGGAGGACGGCCAGUUCGUGUUGAGCGCGCGGUUUGUCAUGCCAGCAGUGGUUUUGCCGACUCGCCACUGUAUAGCAGCACCGAACACGACGACGACUAAAAAAUCGCCUUCUACCGCCGCCGUUUCUAUUGCUGCUGCCGGUACUAAUAUCACGACGACGACGACGCUCUACUGGUUGCCUGUAGUGGAUAGCCCGGCGUGUUGUUUUUGCUGUUAUUGCGGCGGUCGGCUGUUCGUCGUUGGCGGUGUCCCGAGCACCGGACGUGUUAAUAGCAGCGUUGGUAUCAGCAGUGCGCUGAGUCGUUUCGACGCGUGUUCGCCGCCGCCACCCCCAUCGCGUAAUUUUGGUAGGCUCUGCCGGUGUGACGGUGCCGUAGUCGCCGCCACCACCGCCGCCGUCGUGCUACUAGUGCCGUAUGUGCUUGGGCCGCCGUGCUUUCGACCGAUCGUAUUGCCGCCCACGUUCGUCGCUGCCGCCAAUCACCUCAGGCAUCACCGCCGAAUACAUCACCAACACCAACACCACAUCUACAACACGGUCGUUGCUGGCAACAAUAUGGAAACUAGACUGAAGGGCACCGGUGGCAGUGCUCUGGGUGGUGCGAGCAGCGCAUUAGUAGGCACCAGCGGCAAUCUAGGCGCGGCAGCAGCCGCUGCUGUGCUUAGCGGCGGUAGCAGUCGCGUUACGUCUUCGGGCGUUGAGCUCAGGGAGCUCAGGCGCCACAACUACAAGGCUUCUGUGUCGGUGCUGUCGCACUUGAACAAAGGCAACGCCGCUUCGCCGUACGUUARCAUCGGAGGAGGACACCGACAACGUACUAGAGCCCACCGGGCCAUGAACAUGGGCCAGAAAAUAUCUAGUGGAGUUAAAACUGUUAGCCGCGAAAGUGCGCAACCGUACAAGCCCGUAGUACCAAGAGAGCUGGCCCAAGAUUUUGCCCGUCCAGCCAGAUUAGACAUACUAUUAGACAUGCCGCCGGCGUCUAAAGAUAUGCAAAUCAAACACGGCUGGAACGCGGACGAUAGGUCUUUAAACAUAUUUGUCAAGGAAGAAGACAAACUGACAUUCCACAGGCAUCCGGUUGCCCAGAGUACCGAUUGCAUCAGAGGUAAGACUGGCUUGACCAAAGGUCUGCAUGUGUGGGAAGUAAACUGGUCGACCAGGCAACGCGGCACGCACGCAGUGGUCGGCGUCGCGACACAAGAUGCACCUCUACACUCUGUCGGUUACCAGAGUUUGGUGGGAAGUAACGACCAGUCAUGGGGCUGGGAUUUAGGGCGUAACAAAUUGUACCACGAUUCGAAAAGCUACGACGGCAUUACGUAUCCGGCCUUGCUCAAGCCCGACGAGACGUUUAUAGUGCCAGAUAAAUUUUUAGUUGUUUUGGAUAUGGACGAGGGAACACUAUCCUUUGUCGUAGACGGCCAGUAUUUGGGUGUAGCGUUUAGAGGCCUCAAGGGGCGGAAAUUAUUCCCAAUUGUCAGCGCUGUUUGGGGUCACUGUGAAAUUACGAUGAAAUACAUCGGCGGACUAGAUCCUGAACCCUUACCGCUGAUGGACCUAUGUAGACGAGUUAUUAGACAGCGAAUCGGUAAACAAUACCUAGAAGAACGCGUCAUGGACCUGAACCUGCCGCAGUCUCUAAGCGUUUACUUAUUAUACCGGGACAGAAGAUAACGGGGCCAGUAGCCACRCCGAAAACAUUGAUCAACAGAUCUCAAACGUCGAUCCGAUUCCUCCCCUACUUAUCUGUCCUAUUCCCCGCCCUAUCGACUCAACACCAUCUCCUCGCCCACCCAUUAAUCACCCGUAUCUCCUCUACCUCAGGCCAGUAACCGCGACGUUCGCUAAACUAGUCUCCCUCCCCAUCGUGAUCCCUCGUUCAAGUUUUCCUUAGUAACAYCCUUACCCUACCCACCCAUGUAAAUAAUACUCGAUGCAAACACCCCUUCCCUAUCCCAUUUAAAUUACACAAACACGAAACUUUAAGUAACGACUGAUGUAUCAAGUGUCAAGAUAGUUUUUUUUAAAUAUAUUAAUUAAUUUAAGGUUUAGGAAAAGAAAUUGAAGAUAAACUUUUGUACAAAGUCCAUAAAAUGCCUAUUCGGUAUUAAAAGAGAAAGAAAUUAAGCGCGCAACGUAAAUACCGCGUAUAAUUUUCAACUUGUGAAUUAUAUUAUUCUUUUUAUUUUAUUAUUAUUAUUAAAAUUAAUUUCUAUCCUGGUUUACUUGUACUAUAUAAU